UUCGAUUUUGUUCUAUCAUCCGUGUUCGUCACACUAUUUUUCGGAGAACUUAUUUCUGGAUUAUCGAUUAAUUUCUAGCAUCUCUGUGUUAAUGCGAUUUAUUAGUAGUUGGUGUUCAGUAUUUUUUAUUAUGCUGUAAUCGUAUGAAAUAUUUAACUAAUUCUUAAGUUAUUUAAGCUUCGGUACGCGUGUAUAAUGCUAUUAGGUAGCAAUACCGAUAAACUUUCGAUUUUAUAUACGUUUUCUAAUGAAUAGUUUAAAAAUAUCAGUACUUUCGAACAAAAAGUCUUGAAACUUAACAUAUACCAAACGAAAUAUAAAAGUUUGUCACAAUAAAAAUAUGGCAAAGACGUACGAUUACCUCUUCAAGUUAUUAUUAAUUGGUGACUCUGGCGUAGGGAAAACGUGUAUUUUGUUUCGUUUUUCAGAGGACGCAUUUAAUACCACAUUUAUUUCCACCAUAGGUAUCGACUUUAAAAUUAGAACAAUUGAAUUUGAUGGGAAGAAAAUUAAACUUCAAAUAUGGGACACCGCAGGCCAAGAACGUUUUCGGACAAUAACAACAGCGUAUUAUAGAGGUGCGAUGGGUAUAAUGUUAGUAUACGAUAUAACGCAGGAAAAAUCUUUUGAAAAUAUAAAAAACUGGAUUCGCAAUAUAGAAGAAAAUGCGUCCGCCGAUGUGGAAAAAAUGCUUCUGGGUAAUAAAUGUGAACUGAAUGAUAAACGCCAGGUUUCUCGAGAGCGAGGAGAGCAACUGGCUAUAGAAUAUGGAAUAAAAUUCAUGGAGACAUCUGCUAAAGCCAGUAUCAAUGUGGAAGAAGCUUUCCUAACAUUGGCCAGCGACAUUAAAGCGAAAAUGGAAAAACGUUUGGAAGCAAAUAAUCCUCCAAAAGGUGGUCAUCAACUAAAAUUCGCAGAGACUAGGAAAACGGAAACCUGGCUUUCGAAAUGUAAUCUACUUUGACGAGAUAUUUGGAAAUUUCGAUGGAUACUUCUGAAGCUAAACUUUAAUAUCACCUUUUUAGUAAAAUUUAAGUUACCUAUUAGUAUUAAGUUCUAAAUAAUUAAAUUUAAAAUAUUAUUCUUUUAUUGUAUGUACCUAAUGUGCGAAUAUUAACAAUUAGUAAAUUAAUGUAACUAUUAUUGUAAACUAGAAAAAUUUAAAAAUCAAUAUUAACUAUCUAUAAACCAAUUAUAACAUUUUUAACAUAAAAUAAAAAAAAUGUUAAAAAAAAAUAAUGGUAUACUACAACCAUACAAAUGUUAGCCGAAAAAAGGUUGUAAAAAGGAAACUUUAGUUUGUAAUGUAUAUAUACUUACAUUUAUGUAUAAAUGCUAAUAUUUGCAAUCUAAUCUAAUAUAAUUACUUAACAUUAAAAUUACUGUAAGAAUGAAAAUACAGUUACAUACUGUAUUUAUACGUAUAUAUAAAUGCUAAUAAUUAAAAGCUAAACUUAAAUAAUUAUUAAAAGUAUGUUAAAAUAAAAAAAAAUAAAAAAUAGAACCAUAAAGUAUAAACAUGUAAAUUAAAAAAAAAAAAAA